AUGAGUACCGAAGAGCAGCAAUUCGACGAUGAGAGUCAGAUGGGAGGGCCUGGUGCCCCCACACCCAUAUCGGCGCUCGAGGGCGUAAAUGGUCUGACUGCGCGCGACAUAAAGCUUGUGGUCGAAGGUGGAUACAACACUGUCGAGUCGAUUGCUUAUACACCCCGACGAGCGUUGGAGCAGAUCAAAGGCAUUUCAGAACAAAAGGCAUCGAAGCUGCUUGCUGAAGCAUCCAAACUUGUACCGAUGGGUUUCACAACGGCGACCGAGAUGCACCAGCGGCGGAGCGAGCUCAUCUCAAUCACGACUGGAUCAAAGCAGUUAGACACGUUGUUGGCUGGCGGCAUCGAGACAGGUUCCAUUACAGAGAUUUUCGGCGAAUUCAGGACAGGGAAGAGUCAGAUCUGCCAUACUUUGGCAGUGACAUGCCAGCUGCCCUUCGACAUGGGUGGUGGCGAAGGCAAAUGCCUAUACAUCGAUACCGAAGGCACUUUCCGUCCUGUACGCUGUUUAGCAGUGGCGACUCGAUUCGGUUUAUCUGGCGAGGAAGUAUUGGACAAUGUGGCAUACGCGCGAGCGUACAACUCCGACCAUCAGCUUGAGCUGCUCAACCAGGCUGCGCAGAUGAUGACCGAGACGCGAUUCUCCCUGCUCAUUGUCGACUCAGCAACAUCUCUGUAUCGGACAGAUUUCUCCGGGCGUGGAGAGCUUUCAAGCCGACAGACACAUCUGGCAAAAUUUAUGCGAACAUUACAGCGCCUUGCCGACGAGUUUGGAAUUGCCGUAGUCAUCACCAAUCAGGUUGUCGCGCAGGUCGAUGGAGGGCCAAGCGCCAUGUUCAACCCAGAUCCCAAAAAACCGAUCGGAGGAAACAUCAUCGCCCACGCAAGUACAACACGUCUCAGUCUAAGGAAGGGCAGAGGAGAGACCCGAGUUUGCAAGAUCUACGACAGUCCUUGUCUGCCCGAGAGCGACUGCUUAUUUGCGAUCAACGAGGACGGCAUUGGCGAUCCCAAGGAGAAGGAUCUCGAAGAGAGAAACAAUAGAUAG